GGAAGCCUAAGACUUCCUGGAGGAAAGACAAUCGUUGUAAACGAAUGCAGCACAGUAGGAGGAGGAAAGCGCCGGUGGCGACGGCGAAAAGGAGGAGAAGCCAUUGAUGAUGGUGAAGAGGAUAGAGGGAAGAGAUCAUUAAUGGAUAGUGGGACGAAGCUAACGCCAGUGACAAGGAUAUCUAUGGAAACACGGAGGACACUGAGCUCAAGAAUUGGGACACCGAGUUCGUCCAAGUUAAUCAGUCUAUUCUUCAGACAGGCUCUCUAAUUAUAUUUAAUUUAUAAAAAAAAAUAAAACAAACAUAUCCGCGUGAGUCUUGUUUAUUCGUUAAAGGCAUAGCAAAAACAGAAUAAAAAGCCCAUAUACUUAUUGGCCAUGAGAUAGGCCCAUAAGUUUGUUUGUUUUUUUUGGCGGCACCCAUAAGUUUGUUUGGUGAAUAUAUAUAGUAAAAGUUGAAAGAAACCUAACCCUCAACCGAUCGAGAUUCGAUAUGGCAGAAGGUCGGUAGUUUGGAAUUGACCGUGUCGAUUUCUUAUCUGAUAUGUUUGAUUUCAGAUCUAGUUUAAAGAUGUUGAUUUCCGUUUUAAGGUUAUGAGUCGAAGCCGACGACGGGGGUGUGGUGGGACAUCAACACGUGUCCGAUUCCCAAAGAUUAUGACCCUAGUCGUGUGCGUCCGAGUAUAGAAGCGGCGUUGUUCAAAUUGAUGGGUCCUCAUCCAGUGGUCAUCUAUUGCGUAAGCAACCUAGAAUACAUCUCUCGUAGCGUCUUGGAAGAGAUCUCUUCCUCUGGAAUCAUUCUUAAACACACCCCCUUCAGUUGGUUAAUCUUCUUUUAUCUCUCUUUCUUUCUACCAUUAAUUAAUGCAUUGACUCAUCCGUAUUUUCCAGGUGGGGUUGAAUUCAUCAGCCUUUUAAGAACUUCCCAUCUACAGUAUUUCUCAUAUCCGGUGAUGAAUCGUGGUAUACUUACAGAUUAGUCUGGUCGGGAUUCAGUUGGCUUCGUGCAUAUCCAGGUCCUGAGCCACUAUCAGCUAAAGAUGACUUUUCUUCCCACAAGUGGCUCUGGGAAGACUUACUUGAAGGGUCCACAGAGACUUGUGAAGAGACUCCUCUUAAGAUACGGAGCAGGAUACUUGAGUAUGAAAUGCCCUUUUUUUUGCCGAGUAUGCAUGUUUCAUUUCUCGAGCUUUGAUGUUUUCAUCACCCAUCUUAAGAGUAGACAACACAAAAAGGAGUUGCUUCUCAGUGUGGUUCCUUUGUACUACAUUAACAAUUAUCCUGACAAUACUUGCACACUUUGCGAGUAUCCAUAUUACAACGAUACUAAUAGGAAGCUCCACUUGGAAAGUGAUGAACACAAAGAGGCCGCAGCAAGUGUCUCUCAUGAGAAGGCUUCCCUUGUCGUUCCACUCAACACCAGUCAAGAAAAGGAUGGCGCCAACAGGAAGAUAACUUCAGAAGAGCCUAUCUUCGCCUAGACUAAGAAGUAAAGCGUGAACUAGACAAAGAAGGAGAGUGCAUGGUCCUGUACUCCUAUGUCGUGUUGUUCUUAAUCCUAAAAUAAAACUCUCUGCGUUUUUUUUCUUUUUGUUAAUUGUCAGUUAAACUUGUGAUACUUUUUUUACAUAUGGAGAUCGGACAUAGUACCCCGCUAGCUUUAUUCCA